ACCGGCGCUCAUCGCAUCGAAAGCUCCGCUGCGGAGCCGAGAAAAUAUUGUUAAUUCCCAUUUGAAGUGCAGCUUGUGGAAGGAAAUUUCAAGUUUGUUUGUUCAAACGCCGAGUGCAAGUGCAAGAAGCAACUGAAAAGUUAUCAGAUCUAAAGAAAAGUCAUUUAAUGUGGAUCAAUUAAGCCUGGCUGUAAAGUGCAUAGUUAGAGUGAAUAAAUAAGUUAGUUGGAGCAAUCAAAGCCAUGGAGACUGCAGCGAACUCGGGCGACUCCAAGAAGCCUUUCAAAGUCAAGGACGUAACACGCAACAUUAAGAAGGCUGUCUGCGCCUCCAGUCUGGAGGAGAUCCGCAGCAAGGUGGCGGAGAAGUUCGAGAAGUGCGACCACCUGCCCACCAUCCACCUGGACUCCGACGGCACGGAGAUCGACGACGAGGAGUACUUCCGCACCCUCGACGAGAACACGGAACUGGUGGCCGUCUUCCCCGGAGAACAUUGGAUCGAUCCCACCCACUACGUGACGAUAACCACUCCACAUGGCACCGAGGCGGGAACUGGAAACGGGGAUCUAAACGGAGGAGGCGAGGGCGACACCACCGAUGCCAACAACUCGGAGUCGGCUCGCAUCCGCCAGUUGGUGGGUCAGCUGCAGAACAACCUCUGCAACGUGUCCGUGAUGAACGAUGCGGACCUGGACUCGCUCUCCAACAUGGAUCCCAACUCGCUGGUGGACAUCACGGGAAAGGAGUUUAUGGAGCAGCUCAAGGAUGCGGGAAGGCCACUGUGUGCCAAGCGAAAUGCCGAGGAUCGCUUGAAUCUGUUGAAGCUUCUGAAAGCUGGUGCCAUUUUCUGCUCGGAACGCUACCCAGAGGAUGCGGAGGCCAUCGACCGGGAGAUUGGACGCCAGUUGAACGAGGCGGAGAGCGGACAGAUGAGCACCACAACGACGAGCAACACCCGCACCAUCGAGGUGGUGCAGUGCGACAAUCAGAACACGACGAUAACAAUUACGGUGGGCGAGGCCACCACCACGUGCUCCGCAGCCAGUGGAGCCAUGGGAUCCUCCGCUGCCGAAGCGGCGGCCAACGAGGCCAAUGCCAAUCCAAAUAGAAAUCCAAAUGCCAACGGCGACAUCUGACUGCCCAUUCUGGGCAGUCUAAGGUGAAGUCUGCCGGCGGAGGACUAAGCAACUGGGUGUGCAAAUCAAAAUCAAGAGCCAUGAGGAUAUACCGAAGACAUCAGUCCUGCAACAUUGGGUUAACAUAAAUCGUAUUUGUAGCAUGUAAUUAGGCACUGCGAAAUCAGCGAAAUCAGCUAAAACGAAACGGAGACAAAAUCAAGUCAUGGAGAAUGCUUCAUAGUAUCUAAGAGCAAAUGAAAGUUAACGAACAAUACACGUACUAGAUUUAAACACCGGGUCACCAGAUCAAAAGAGGUCACGGCCCACGCAGAUUUGAAGAGUCUUUUAGCAAUCACAGUCAACGGAAUCGUAUUUAACCGUAUAUACACGAGUCACUCCAAGCCGUACUAGAUGCAUAAUAAUCAAAGGUUAGCGAAGUAAGAAUUAUACUUGAGGUAGAGUCCCAAAACCAGAGCGAACCCCAAUUGGAUGGAUGGAGGUGUCCCAGGAAACUGUUGAUUUGCUUGCCGUGUAAAUUGUGUUACGAAUAGUAGGUAGAAUGGAAACGCACAUCAAAAAUUGUUUUUAGACCAAUGCCAUUGUGAAUGUCAUUCGUUAAAGGCCAAUUGAGACUGACUGAAUUUAUGUGUAAUAGGUUUUUUCGUGGUUUGAGCGGUUCGGGACAGAUCGGAUGGAAGCCUCCAGCGCUGCUGCCCUGUCCUCCCAGAAUCCCCGUCUUCCCGCCCCCGAAUCCAUAGCCAAAGAAUUUACGCGACAGCAAACAUUGUUAGCUAAUUAAACAAUAAAGGAACACAAUAACGCAAAUUGCAAUUGCCCAAUCAAAGUUGGUAACUGUCUACAAUUCGAAUAAGCAAUAAGGGAAACCGUAAACGAAAACGAAAAUGAAAAGGAAAUCUUAAACCAAAUGCAAACAGAAAACAAUUAUUAAAUAUAGUGAAACGCAUACAGUACAUGCAAGUGAAACCCCGAGGCAAACUAUAUACACGAAAGCAAAGUAAUAAAAGAUGAUUAUUAAACUAAA